AUGGCUCGAUUAUCAUCGGCGUCACCAUUUACCGCCGGCGGCGCAACCCCCGAGAAGGGCGCGGCCGAGCUCAACCAACUCCUGCGACGACUUGACCAUGCGAUCCUGCAUGCCGAUCAGAGCCGCGAGCGCAGGUUACGGGCUAGCGAAUUUGAGCGAGCGAGAUUGAACUCGAACCUCGAAUAUGCCCGGAGUCUUCUUACCAGAGUCGAGCAGGAGGCGCUGCACGUCAAGCUGCUCUCCCGGCGGCAGGAUAUGCAGGUCGAUCUCAACCGUAAACGCGAACUUCUCGAGAGACUGGUGGACAGGAUGCAUGAUCUCGAACAGUUACACGAGGAUGAGGAUGACAACAGUUCAGAUGGAGAGGACGUCCUGGCCGAUAUCAUUCCUACACCAAGCGAGAGCAUGGACUCGCGGUCAACAGAUAUACCCACAGACAACACCCCCGAAGACGACGACGAUGAACCAGAAAUACCGGAACUGCCUCCACCAGUAACGGCUGUCCCCAGAGAACCGUCAGAGGCGUCAACGGCACCAGCACGAUCAGCAACAGAACCAUCACCUGCGCCGCAGACACACACAACCCUCGAGGCGGGCACGACAACAACGCAGACCCUCCGCUCCCGCGGCCCAGCCCGCCCAGAUUCGCCCUCAGCGACAACGACAGCCACAGCCCGCGCAGCCCUCUUCGCCUCCCGCCGCUCCAACACCACGAAGUCCUCGGCCUCCGGCCCCGCGUCGUCGACGGCGACGGCCGAGGCGAUCCUGGACCACCAGCGCGCGGAGCAGGACGCGCUCUCCGAGUCGAUCCUCAAGAUGGCCAGCGCGCUCAAGGCCAGCUCGCAGAAGUUCUCGAGCACACUCGAGCAGGACAAGGGCGUGGUGUCGCGCGCGGCGGACGGGAUGGAUAAGACGGAGAGGUCGAUGGACGCCGCGAGCCGGCGGAUGGGCACGCUGCGGAAGAUGACGGAGGGGAAAGGAUGGUGGGGGAGGAUGAUUUUGUAUGCUUGGGUGUACGGGCUCAUGGUCGCCUUGAUCCUCUUGGUGUUUGUGAUGCCCAAGCUGAGGUUUUAA